CCACCACCAGCAGCAACAAGUCAGGAUUCAGAGAGUAAUGCAACAGAACACUUUUGAAGAAAGCAGACACCCCUGGCAGGAGUCAUUUGAAAAUGUCAGUAUCUGCAUGCCAUUUCGUUGCCCACGAUGUGGUGACCACACUAGAUUCAGAAGCCUCUCUUCUCUGAGGGCACAUCUGGAGUAUAAUCAUAGGUACGAAGAAAGAAGCCUUCUGACAAAAUGCAACCUAUUUUCUUCCCUCAAAGAUGCAGACUUGCUCUCUUCCUCAGAGACCGUGACUCAAGGAAAACUGGGGAACACCAGCAAUGCAAUAAAACAAAAACCAUCCUACAUACAUUUUUGUGACACAUCACAUGAGAACCCAAAGAACAGAAAACCACAGGAGGUGGAAGCUGAAAGGCCUGUCUCUUUUGUGACAAAUUACGGGUCAGCUGACUUCACAGAUGAGCAGAUUUCUAAACCUGGGGUUCCAACAACAGACUCCAAAGCCUCUUUUGAGGCACACGUACGAGAAAAGUUUAAUAAGAUGGUAGAAGCUGUAGAUAAAACAAUAGAGAAGAGAAUUGACAAGCUUACCAAAGAGCUGGCCCAAAAAACUGCUGAGCUGUUGAAAGUUCGGGCGGCUUUUGCGCAGCUGUCUCAGAAGAAACAGGAAGUUCAGAGGCGAGAGAGGGACCUGAACAGACAGGUGGAUGUUGCAGUUGAGAUGAUUGCUGUACUGAAGCAACGUCUUACAGAGUCUGAAGAAGAACUUCACAGGAAAGAAGAAGAGGUUGUUACUUUUAACCACUUCCUGGAAGAGGCAGCUGAGAAAGAGGUCCGUGGGAAAGCCAAGCUCCAACACUUCAUUGAGAAUCUAUUGCAGAGGGUUGAUCUGGCAGAACGACAACUAGAAUAUUAUCAAAAUCAGCAGAUAAUGUGCAAUUACAGUGAUCUCAAUGAACACAUGUUUACAGACCUCUCAUCAAAUAAGAAACCCAGAUGCCUAACCCGAGGAAAUCAGCAUGGUUCAUAUAAUAUACCUGAUGCAAAACCUCAUUCCCUUCAAAAAGGUAGAAUGUUCCUAAAGAAAACCAAGGAUGAGAAGAACAGCAUCCAACCAGUUAUAUUCUUCUAUGAGCCUGUCGACUGCUCAAGAGAGCUAUGGAGGCCACAGAAAAAGGGUGAACCAGUGAGCGCUGCCAGAAAGAAUCAAACCUACACAUUUCUGCCAGGAAGUUCUCGAAAUUCCUCGCUUUCUCACUCCAUAUCUUUCACCCAGAUGGCGAAGCAAGGCCCAAUCGACAUAUUUAUCAAGCAGAGACAUCUGGCUGCUGAACAUGCAAAUAAUUCUGAAUCAGAUGAUGACAAUGUAAAUGAAACUGAAGUAUUGUCAACAAAAAGAAUUUGUACUAGCUUUACUCGGAAAUAUGACUCCUCAUACAUUCAGUUCGGUUUUGUAGCCACGAAUGAUGGUGGAGUGCCAAAACCGUAGUGCAUUAUUUGUGGCAGUGUGUUGGCUAAUGACACAAUGAAGCCAUCAAAGCUCAAGAGGCAUUUAAAUACAAAACAUGAUGAAAUUAGUUCAAAGCUGAAAGAGUUCUUCGAAAGAAAUCAUGUUGAUUUAAAAGGCCACCAGAAACAGAUCUUUGAAGUGUCACACAUAAAUACUUGUGCUUUGUGAGCUUCUUAUAAAGUAGCACUUCGCGUUGCUAAGGCUAAAAAGCCACACACAAUCGGUGAGACACUAGUGAUAGGCUGUAUUAAAGAUAUCUGCAUGGAAAUGCUGGGAGAGCCGGUGGCAAAGAAAGUGGCUCAGGUGCCACUUUCAAAUGACUCUAUAGCUCAACAAAUUCACGAUCUGGCUCAAGAUAUGGAAGAUCAGCUCAUAGGACAGAUUAAAUUAGCAAAGUACUUUUCUUUGCAGCUUGAUGAAUGUACAGGUGUUGCUAAUACAGCAAUUCUGAUGGUGUAUGCGUGCUGACAUGAGGGUGAUUUGAAGGAAGAGUUUUUGUUUUCUGCUUUACUACCAACAAAAACAACUAAUUCUGAACUGUUCAAGACCGUGAGCGACUACAUCAUUAACAAAUGUGUGUUGGAUUUCAAGUUUUGUGUAGGUGUAUAUUCUGAUGGUGCUGCUACAAUGACAGGACGGCAGUCAGAAGUGGUUACCCAGAUUAAGGUGCUUGCACCCGAAUGCAAGUCGAUGCACUGCUUCCUUCACUGAGAAAGUCUUGCAACAAAAAAAAUGUCAACAGAACUAAACAGUGUGCUCAGCGAGGUCAUAAAAAUUGUGAACCAUGUAAAGGCGAAUGCUUUAAAUUCGAGACUAUUCACUGCAUUAUGUGAUGAUAUGGGAGCUGAUCAUAAACAGCUCCUAUUGCAUGCCGAUGUACGUUGGUUAUCGAGGGGAAAAGUCCUGUCAAGAGUAUUUGAGCUCUGAAACGAGCUUGCCAGGUUUCUUCAGGACAAAAAACCAAACUGGUCACAAUUGUUCCUAGAUAUGGAUAAUAUAGCCACACUGGCUUAUUUGGCUGAUAUCUUUGCCAUCUUUAAUGAUCUCAGUACCUCCAUGCAGGGAAGGAUGGCUUCAUGUCUUACGAUGGCAGACAAGAUUGACGGACAGAAACGAAAGCUAAAAGCAUGGAAGAGUCAAGUGUCAAGAGAUCACCAUGACAUGUUUCACAACUUAGCGACAAUCAUCGCCAAUGCAGGUGAAGACCUUGAUGUUACAUCUUUACGAAGUGAACACUUGACGAAUUUGGCAGAACGUUUUGAGUUUCACUUUCCAGCAAAAGAAGAUUCACGGAAAGGGACUGGAUGGAUCUGAAAUCCUUUUAUUUCAUUGAAAGAUGACUUAACUGUCACUAUGGAGGAUAAGUUGUUGGAGCUGGCUGCUGACAAAAGAUUGAAGAUGAGUUUCGAAACUACAACAUCACUUGCUUCCUUUUGGAUAAAAGUGAAAGCAGAAUAUCCUGAGCUUACUGAAAUUGCUCUGAAAACUCUUCUCCCAUUUCCUUCAACAUACCUCUGUGAGACUGGCUUCUCAACCAUGAAUGUCAUUAAGACAAAGUACAGGAAUAGUAUGGAUAGUCAUUCUCCAUUGCAAGUGGCACUGUCCUCAACUGAACCACAACCGGAUAAGCUGACAAAGCAGCAGCAGGCUCACCUUUCACAUUAG